AUGCCUGGGGAAUCUGUGCUUCAAGAGGCGGCAGUUGGGCAUGAAGAUUUAACUGCCAGUGGUAAUAACACAAUUAUAUUGGAUGGUGGUGUAUCGCAAGAUUUAGCAUGUAAUUCUGCAGCCCCAGACGAACCUAAAGUUUGUGUCACUAAAAUAUCUUUCAACGGCUCUAAAACAAAGGCUAAUUAUGACCUGUCAUCGCCGCAAUAAUUUGAUAGCUGGAUUGGCAAUCUAAUUGAAUUUGAGGAAACAGCGUUACUGACCAAGGCGUCGGAAAUGUCAAUCGCAAAAGCUUUGUAUAAAUUAGAAGCAUGCAAAGACAUUCCUAGUAUUAAACUAAUAGAGUACGAUGGUAAUCCGUUGACGUAUGUCGAGUUUAUGGAGCGUUUCAAGUUACAUAUUCAUAACAAACCACAUCUUUCUGAUGACGUAAGAAUGGUUCAAUUAAAAAUGCAUUUAGUUGGCAACGCAAAACGCGCAGUGGGCGGUCUUGGCUCGCAGGGGAAAAUGUAUGCAACCGCGCUAAAAAGUCUUAAAGAACAGUUUGGCCAACCCAGUGUCAUCGCUAGAGCGUGGUGAGGGUUCGGUUUAAGUCUGUGAACGGGAAAACUCGUGAAGGAAAUGUUCUCGUUGACAGUGGCGCUGGCACCACCGUGAUCCGUAAAGAAUUCACAAGAGCUCUUGGUCUUCAAGGAAGAAAAGAAAAAAUCGAUAUAGCAGUCGUCGGUGGUAAAAAGAUCACUCAGAAGGACAGUCGUAGAGUUAAGCUAUGGAUCUCCCCCCUAAACGGGAAUGAGUCAUACCCAGUCGAAGCACAUGAAACCGACCAUACAAUUAUUAAUGUUCCAGCCCUCGACCGCACCUGGCUAAAGUCAUUUGACCACCUCAGUGAUAUUGAGUUCCUCACCGAACCGGUCCAAUUGACCUAA